UCUCUCUCUCUCUCUCCUGUUCUUGUUCAAUCCGCCGAAUUAGGGUUUCUGACAUUCCAAGGUACAAUGAAGGCCAUUUUCUGUGGAAACUUUGAUUAUGAGGCUCGGCAGUCUGAUCUGGAGCGACUUUUCAGAAAGUAUGGGAAGGUUGAUAGAGUGGAUAUGAAGUCAGGUAAGUUUGGCUUAUUGCUCUUGGUCAGACAUUGCAUUGUUUGAAUGAUCAUUGUUUAUUUGUAUUUUAUAUUCCUCAAAAGGGUAAUUUUUUACUUUUGCAUAUACAUAGAGAGAGUACUUUAUCACGGUCGUGAAUUCCUAAUUUGGUUUGGACAAUGGCACCACUGCACCAUUAUACUUCGGGCCCUCCCAGCUGGGAAAGUUCCAAACAUCUGACUCAUUACCAUGCUUAUGGAAGUUUAAGACAAAAGCCUGCAACAUGCACAUUCUCAGCAAUCCCCGAACUUGUUGGGGUAAUGGGGAAGAGAACGAUGGUUUUUUGCGAACCAACUAGCAAGUGAAUAUGGAGGCCUCUGUAGUCCCACAGGUACACCAGAGGUGAAUUGCAGAAGCUGUUGUAUGCGUUGGUAGCGGAUAGUGACAUGUGCUAUAUUUCAGCAUUUUCAACCCUCAAACAAUCUUACGCUUGUAUACUUAAUGUACUGCAUCGUUCAUUUUACUUUUAUAAGAUCUGGUUUAUGAGAUAAACCCCCUUAAUAUGCGUCACUUUGGAAACUCAUUGUGGUAAACAAAGAUUUGCGAAGGCCUGUACAUGUGAAAUCUGGGCCAUGGAUUCCACAGCAGCGAGCUUCAAUGGCAUCUUCCUCCUUCGAAAGGUGGCUGCUUUCAGUGUGCUAUGGCGGGGAUAUCAUCCGAACCAUAUGAUCAGGACUGCGGCCCUCCCUUGUUGAGCAAUAGUGGGGUGGCAAGAUAUCUUUUGAUGAGAAAAGGAAAAGUAUGUUUUAUGAAGUGUAAAACCCCCAUUCUCAGCUAAUUCUUUGGCGCAGGAUCUUGGAAUGUCCAUACACUUCCUGACUGAUCGAUGGGCUUCGUCAGCAUUCCAUUUCCUGGCUGUGACAAGCUUCCUCUUCUUGUUUCCAAGAAGAGCCACUCUGACAUCACAAUCCCACACUAUCCUCAGACACCAAUGCAUUUCAUGCCUCAUGAAUUUAGCACAGCCUUCAUUUUCAGACACGUUCCCUGGUAGAAACCAUGCCACCCUCAAUGCAGAGGCAUCAGAAUAUAUGGAGAAGGCACUCUUUUCAUUAUCCUACCAUGAGACAUCCACCUUUCCGUUCUUGUUCCUUGACAUCAUUUAUUUCAUCACGCAAGGAUUUGCAUUUGUUUAUAUGGAGGAUGAUAGAGAUGCGGAGGAUGCAAUUCGAGGACUUGACCGUUAUGAAUAUGGCAGAAAGGGGCGCCGCCUUCGUGUUGAGUGGACAAAGCAAGAACGUGUCACAAGGAGGCCCGAGAGUGCUAAAAAAUCUUCUACGAAUUCGAGGCCCUCAAAGACAUUGUUUGUUAUCAACUUUGACCCAUAUCAUACUAGGACAAGGGACUUGGAGAGGCACUUUGAUCCAUAUGGGAAGAUAUUGAAUGUGAGGAUUAGAAGGAAUUUUGCAUUUAUUCAAUAUGAAUCACAAGAGGAUGCCACCAAGGCAAUAGAAGCUACAAACAUGAGUAAGCUGAUGGAUAGGGUUAUUUCAGUGGAAUAUGCAGUCAAAGAUGAUGAUGAUAGGAGAAAUGGCCACAGCCCUGAUAGGGGCCGCGAUAGGUCACCUGGAAGGAGAGGCCAUGAAAGGGGAAGAUCUCCGAGCCCUGUUCGCAGAGAGAGGGCUAGUCCUGAUUAUGGCCGUGGCCGUAGCCCCAGUCCUCGUCGAGAGAGGGGGAGUCCAGAUUAUGGCCGUGGGCAUAGCCGGAGUCCCCCGCGGAAGGAAAGGACUAAUUCUGAUUAUGGCCGCAGCCGUAGUAGCCGCAGUCCUAGGAGAGAGAGGCCUAGUCCUGAUCAUGUCCGUGAACCCAGCCCAAGAGAAGGGAGGGUUACUCCUGAUCAUGGUCGUGGCAGCCCAAGCCCUCCAAGAGAGAGAAUCAGUCCUGAUGACUAUCCUCGUGGCCGCAACCCUGAUUCUAAGCAUGAACCGAGAGAGAGUCCAAAGUAUGAGGAAGGAGAGAGCCCUGGGGAUGAGAGAUACCAGAGUCGUUCUCCACCGGCACGAGAAAGAGAAAGAUCGAGAUCUUGAGUAGCAUGAUGAACUGCUUUGUAUCAGUAGUUGGAAGAUUUGUAGUGCUAUCUGCAAAUUUUCUGCUACUGACUGGUUUUAUCAAGUUGGAAGCAAGCUUAUGAAAUAUCGAUACUGGGGCCUAAUGGGAGUUUGAAUUUGUAGUUACUUUCUUUCAACCUGUGUUUAAUGUAAUGGAUUUAUCAAAAUUGGUUUGAACUAGAAAAGAAGAGAUACAGGUCUGUGAACUUUUUCUUUUUCUUUUUCUUUUUUAUUGCCCGUCUGUGACUUUAACUUAAUGUUUUUUCAGGUAUGGAUUUUUCUUAUUUAAGGUAUCUAUAUUCGAUGCUGGUUUUAUGUUAA